AUGGCGGCAUACGCGUUGCACGUGACCCAUCCUUAUAUAUCCGGGUUAGAUAGUACCCCUUUUCGGGUACUAGCUAGUGUUGAGCCACCACGGCUAAAUGUUAAGGAUUCUCAGACGCCUAGUGAGUCACCGCCAUUGGAUUCUCAACCCGUUCUGCCCCUAAUCGCGCCUUCACCUUUGAUGCCAUAUAUCAAUGUUGGGGUGCCAAUUUUAUCGGGAAAGUGCCCAUUGAACUUUUCAAAUGCCGAAAAUGUGUUAACCACAACAGCAAUAGAUUGUUGGGGUUCCCUAGCUCCAUAUCUAGCGAACGUAGUAUGUUGUCCUCAGCUAGAUGCAACAAUAAAGAUCCUUGUAGGCCAAUAUAGUGUCUCUUCUGGGACUCUUGGGAUUAACGAAACUCACGCCAAGGAUUGCCUCGCAGACAUAUCACAAAUUUUAGAAGCCCAAGGUUCCAACGAAAACCUUCUAAAAAUAUGCAAAAUCCAUCCAUCAAGCAUAACCCGGGCUUCUUGCCCUGUAGUAAAUGUUACUGAAAUUGAAAAAACCAUUAACAUCCCUAAAAUUAUUAAAUCGUGUGAAAAGAUUGAUCCUGUGGAAGAAUGUCGCCAUAAAGUUUGUCAGAGUUCCAUAAUGGAUGCUGCUGUGAAGAUUGCUUCAAAAAAUCUAGAUAUGCCGGAUAUGGUUGGUGCUUCUAUACCAAAUGUUCGACUUGCUAUGAUUGACGAUUGUAAGAAGAUUGUGCUUCGAUGGCUGGCAAGUAAACUUGAUCCCACUUCUGCAAGUUUAGCAUUAAGAGGAAUAUCUAGUUGCAGGGUCAACAAAGUUUGUCCGCUUGUCUUUCCUGACGUGAGGAAUGUUUCGAAAGAAUGUGGAAAUAUAGUUGGUAAUCAGAAGGCAUGUUGUGAGGCCAUGGGGAGCUACAUUACUCUAUUGCAAGAACAAAGCUUCAUUACAAACUUGCAAGCCUUCACUUGUGCUGCUUCUCUUGGAGCAAAUUUGCAAAAAGCUAAUGUCACCGCCAAUUUAUAUGACAUUUGUCGCAUAAAACUCAAAGAUUUCUCUCUCCAAGUUGGAUCACAAGACUCGGGCUGCCUAUUUCCAAGCUUGCCUAUUGACGUGAUAUAUGAUGAAAGUUCUGGGAUCGGCUUCAAAUGUGACCUUAAUGACAAUGUUGCAGCUCCAUGGCCUUCAGCUAACGCUUAUUCUCCCGCUCCUUCUACUGAUAUAAGCACAGAGCUGCCAGCACUUCCUAAAGCCGCAUCUGAUCAGAGGGGGCUGCGGAGUACUCUUUUCAUUUCAACUUUAUUGAUAGUAAUUUUGUUUUUAAUUUUAUUAAACCUCAAAUCAUGGAACCUGCGUAAUGUGGUGAUAAUAACGGGAAGUACUGGAGUUGGUGACCAGCGAUGUGUUUAUUAA